AUGUCGGCCCCUAAGCGUCUGUCGGGUUUACAGCGCGAGGUGCUCGCGUUAUAUCGCAAAGCACUACGCAUGACACGAACCAAACCACCCACCACCCGACCCAAAUUCGAACUCUUCGUGCGCCACGCAUUCCGCACAUCCGCCAGCUCCGUCUCGCCGCGCGAGCUCACCACUAUCGAAUACCUAUUGCGGCGUGGUGGCAGGCAGCUGGAGAUGUUUGAGAGUGCGGAUGUUAGGGAUGUUACGCUCAGUCAGGAAAUGCAGGCUUGGGCUCGGAGUAAUUCUGGUUAUAGAAGGCCAAUACCAUCGGGCGAUAGUGCAUGA